AAGCUGACACCUCUUUCCUGGUCCUUCUUUGUGGACUUCCCCUCUGGCCUUUCUCAUAAUACCUUCUAGCCCACUGCAGUCCUGAUCCGACAUCUGAUUCUAAUCAUUCUCCCAUUCCUUCUCCAGACCUGGAGACUGGUCGGGGUUGGCCUCACACCCGAACAGGUGCGAUGCUCCUGAAUCCCCCCAGAAGGCCAUGCUGCUUAACAGAUCCAUCUCUCUCUCCUCCCCCACUGCUAUCUGUUUUCCAAGAGUGAACAGCAGCACUGCCAGCUGAUCUGCUGCUUGCUGCCUCCAAUGCCUCUUCUAAUGUCACCACCGCCUCUGCUGUCUGCCGCUCUCUUCCCUCUUUGGGCCACAUUUUUUCUCCUUGUUAUUUUCUGCUCUCUCCUUUGCCUGCCACUACUGAAUAUCUCAACUUUGGCUUCUCAGGAACCCAAAUCCCGCCUUCUGGCCAGCAAACCAAUCACACGUAUUGUCUGCCAUCUCUACAUCUUUGGUUCAGCCCAGCUAUUUUGGUCCCUGCUCGCACUCUGAGAUUUUUCUCACUUUCCUCUGGGUUUACACCUCUUUCAGCACUUAAAGGGUGAUAGACAUCUUAGAGUUGGUUAACUGAGCUAUAAAGGUCAGACUUCUGACACAGCUGGUGAUUGGCUAAUGGAUCUAGGUGUCAAAAGAUGGAAGAACUGGUUAAAGUCAUAUGGCUAUCUGCUUCCCUAUGACUCACGGGCACCCGCGCUGCACUCAGGGAAGGUCUUACAGUCAGCAGUCUCCACUAUGCAGCAGUUUUAUGGGAUCCCAGUCACCGGUGUGUUGGAUCAGACAACAAUCGAGUGGAUGAAGAAACCCCGCUGUGGUGUCCCUGAUCACCCCCACUUAAGCCGCAGGCGGAGGAACAAGCGCUAUGCCCUGACUGGACAGAAGUGGAGACAAAAACACAUCACCUACAGCAUUCACAACUAUACCCCAAAGGUGGGGGAGCUAGACACACGGAAAGCAAUUCGCCAGGCUUUUGAUGUGUGGCAGAAGGUGACCCCGCUGACCUUUGAAGAGGUGCCAUAUCAUGAGAUCAAAAGUGACCGGAAGGAGGCAGACAUCAUGAUCUUCUUUGCUUCUGGUUUCCAUGGCGACAGCUCCCCAUUUGAUGGAGAAGGGGGAUUCCUGGCCCAUGCCUACUUUCCUGGCCCAGGGAUUGGAGGAGACACUCACUUUGAUUCAGAUGAGCCGUGGACACUAGGAAAUGCCAACCAUGAUGGGAAUGACCUCUUCCUGGUGGCUGUGCACGAGCUGGGCCAUGCGCUAGGACUGGAGCACUCCAACGACCCCAGCGCCAUCAUGGCGCCCUUCUACCAGUACAUGGAGACACACAACUUCAAACUGCCUCAGGAUGAUCUCCAGGGCAUCCAGAAGAUCUACGGACCCCCAGCUGAGCCCCUGGAGCCCACCAGACCCCUCCCCACGCUCCCCGUCCGCAGGAUCCACUCACCAAGUGAGAGGAAACAUGAGCGCCAGCCCAGGCCACCUCGGCCGCCCCUCGGGGACCGGCCGUCCACACCGGGCGCCAAACCCAACAUCUGUGAUGGCAACUUCAACACAGUGGCACUCUUCCGAGGCGAGAUGUUUGUGUUUAAGGAUCGCUGGUUCUGGCGCCUGCGCAAUAACCGGGUACAAGAGGGCUACCCCAUGCAGAUUGAGCAGUUCUGGAAGGGCCUGCCUGCCCGCAUAGAUGCAGCCUAUGAAAGGGCUGAUGGAAGAUUUGUCUUCUUCAAAGGUGACAAGUACUGGGUAUUUAAGGAGGUGACGGUGGAGCCUGGGUACCCCCACAGCCUGGGGGAGCUGGGGAGCUGUCUGCCCCGAGAAGGCAUUGACACAGCUCUGCGCUGGGAACCUGUGGGCAAGACCUACUUUUUCAAAGGCGAACGGUACUGGCGCUACAGCGAGGAGCGGCGGGCCACGGACCCUGGCUACCCCAAGCCCAUCACUGUGUGGAAGGGCAUCCCACAGGCUCCCCAGGGGGCCUUCAUCAGCAAGGAAGGAUAUUACACCUACUUCUACAAGGGCCGGGACUACUGGAAGUUUGACAACCAGAAACUGAGUGUGGAGCCAGGUUAUCCACGCAACAUCCUACGUGACUGGAUGGGCUGCAACCAGAAGGAGGUGGAACGGCGGAAGGAGCGGCGGCUGCCCCAGGACGAUGUGGACAUCAUGGUGACCAUCAAUGACGUACCAGGCUCUGUGAAUGCUGUGGCUGUGGUCAUCCCCUGCAUCUUGUCCCUCUGCAUCCUGGUGCUGGUCUACACCAUCUUCCAGUUCAAGAACAAGGCAGGCCCUCAGCCUGUCACCUACUAUAAGCGGCCAGUCCAGGAGUGGGUGUGAGCAGCCCAGAGCCCUCUCUGUCCACUCGGUCUGGCCAGCCAGGCCCUUCCUCAUCAGGGUCUCAGGGGCAGCUCUGGCCACUGCCCACCGGGGCCAGAAGGGCCCUAGGCCAGGGGUCGUGCAGCUGAAGUGGUAGGUACAUUGGCCUAGGCUGAGCAUGAGGCAGGGAGUGAUGGUGGCUGUGCCCCAGGGUGGGUGUCUGGCAGCCAGUUGCCAGCCUUCUGUCCUGGGUGAACUGCUCCCUACGCAAGGGAAUAGGCCAGGCCCCAUCAGGAGGCAGGGACCAUGCCAGGAGGAGGCCCUGUGGUCACUGCAUCCUGUGGUUAUCAAUGAGGCACCACAGCUCUGUUCCUGGCUGGACCCAGCACCUUCUGUGGAAGCCAGCACUAGCACUCUCAGCCCCCUCUGGGAGAUGCCACCAAUCCUGGUCCCCCUUUGCCAACACCUGCUGGUCAGAUGUCCCCCUGCCCCCACCCCACUGUCCUCCAAGGCUACAAACAAGACCCCUGCUGCCAACAUGGCGGGCAACAAGCCCGGGUUUCCGCUGCUGGCAUACAGCAGAUCCCUCAGGAAACCUGCUCCACAUCAGGGUCUCCUUUGAGAUCUAGGAUUUAGGGUCACAUGUUGCAGGCAGUGCUGUGGCCCAGCGGGGUCUGACAAGGACCCAGCUGUCACGUCGUGAAUAUUUAAAUGUCCUGUUACUACUGUUUUAAAAGUCCCAUUCUGCAAAGGCUGUUUGAGGCGUUAGGUGAAUUAGAGGUGACUAUCUUGGCGAUGAGGCCAGCGUGGCCGGCCCUUCCCCAGGAGACAAGGACCAAGGUGCUGCUAAGGCCACUCUAGCGCCUAGACACCCCAGGAGCUGGACCUGCUCAUGAGGCUAAAGGUCUGGGGCAGGAGCUGAUCCCACCUCUGGAGGCUGAUCUGAGUUCUGACUAUCCUCCACUUCUCUGUCCCUCUCCCCAUUCUCCCAGUCCCCAGCCCUGUUGCUUAUGGCCUGGGGCUCAGCCUGACUAGCUAGGUGAGGCAGAAAUGGCUCCAGGCCAACAUUCUCAUGGCUUUGGGGUUAAU